AUGAUUCUUGUCACCCAAUUGUUAGGGUGCCCCAACAAUAGGGUGACCAAACCACAGUUUGGUGGGCUGGGGAUUGGCAAGGCCAAGAACUGCCCUGGCUGGCGGUUGGACCAACCGGCGUUUGAUGACCGGCGGGUGCGCAACUGUGUUGUCUAUGGAUUGAUAUCCAUUGGUCUCUCCUUCAUUGCUGGAAAGUUUGGUGGAGUCCUGCAAGUUUGCAUCACAGUCACUUCAGUGUUGGCUGCCCCAGCCCUGACCCUUUUUGUUGCAGCAGUCCUGCUGCCAUUUGUUAAUGUUCCAGGGGUAUUUGCUGGCUCAGCAGUAUCUCUAUUUGUGUCAGGAUUCCUUGGCUUUGGAAGCUACAUUGAUGGUGUACCAGGACCUGUGCCUCUGAAAUCAUUUGUUGAAAUCUGUCCUCCUGACUGGGAUGUCAGUGAAAUAGCCUUCAGCAAUUCAAGUGUUUCUGCUCCUGUUGAGGACUGGAAUGAAUUGGGCUUCAGGAAAAUCUUCAGGAUAUCAUACCUUCUGUACAUGUGCACUGGGCUUUUAUUUGGGUUGAUUGUGACCAUAAUCACAAGCUUGGCGACUGGUGGCUACCCUGAAGAUCAAAUUGACUCAUCAAUAGUUCAUUCCUGGUCCAUAGACUUCUUCAAAUGGCUGAAAGCCAAAUCAGGAAUAUCCAAGAUCUCUCACACCUCUGCUUCAUCCUACAAUUUUGAGUUGAAAAAUGCAGGAAUGGCUGGAUCCAAAAGCACUGAGACUAUGUAUCCCACUGCUUCCACUGCAACUUUGGUCACCAGAGUUGGUGAGGACACUGAUUGAAUGUACAAAUCACCACUUUUAAAAAUACAAAUAUAACAAAAAUUGAUCAAUGAUUUUUUCUUUGCAGCUCUUCAUUAUUUUCUGAAAUUAUUUUCUUUGUCAUUUAAAAUGCUCAUGUGUAUUAUACUACAGGGGAUCUACCAGAAGCAGAGUCACACGCAACAUCCAGCAUCAAUAAACCUCGUCAUCCAAAAAGUGACAAAUUUUCUUCAAACGGAAAUUUCUAUUGAGGUUCAGCAGCAAUAAUGACAUACUUUUCAGCACAAAAAAUAAACAAAACGAGACGUAUUUUUCGUCUGGUGCGAACCGCGCGUGAGGUUUCCAACUAUCGUCAUUCGUCAAAACUGAAAUUUAAAAAAAUUUUGUCGGUUUUCGAAAAUACCUGCACUGUUCGUGUGGUGCUGUGUGCGCGUGUGUAUAUUUUUUUUUUGCAUUUCGGACACUUUCCUGGCGUGGAUCAUCACGUUGAAUGGUGGAAUAUACAAUGAGAUUAUUUUA